AUGUGCAAGAAAAUCUCGAAUGACAUACACGAACACGACGUUAGAAGUGGGAUUAAAUGUGCUUUCUGUUUGACAGAUUUGAAGGAAGAAAAUAAAACGAGUCAUUUUUGUUUCCAUCGAGUGUCCGAAGAAGUAGUUUUGCAAGAAGAUAAUAGCUUAAAAUGCAAAAUAUGCGAUUUAAAAUUCGAUGAAGAAACUUUAGUAGAGCAUAUGAACAAAUGUUGCGUCUUGUUUCCACGUAUGCAGGGCUGUAUGCAAGGCGGGACGAGAUUAUUACAGUUGGCAUUAAAAGAAGGAACGGUAACGAAAGUGGAGAUGGCUUAUUUAUGCAAUACCUGCAAAGGUACUUUUAAUUUGGGCACCAUCAGCGGACAUAUUAAAAAUUGCGGACAUAUUAUACAUAGAUGUGUGCAUUGUAACAUUUCAUUUCCAAGUGCCAAGUAUCUGAAAGAACAUUUUGCAAACAUAAAAUACUCAGCUAUCCAUUUUUGUUUUAAAUGCGUCCGAACUUGCGACUUAGACCAUACAAACGAAUGCAAUGGAUAUAUGAAAUCAUUCUGUACCGUAUGUCAUGCUUCUAUUAUUUCUUCUCAAUUAACUUCGCAUAGAUGUUUUCAUCUAUUCUCAAACGAAGAAAUUGAGAAUUACAGAAUAAAAGAUGAUUUUCUAUACACCGCUUGCGUCCAUUGCGAAAGAAAGGUUCCUCGUGAAUAUUUAAAGCACCACAUUAACUAUAAACAUUUGGAUGGAUUGAAAGAUUACCCUUGUACAAUUUGCGAGCAGAGUUUCAAUACCUCCCCGGAGCUCAAAGCCCACGAAAAGCAGCACAACGAUCUUUUGUGCUACAUUUGUGGAAAAACCAAUUUGAAAAAUUACGCUGCUCAUUUGCAAAACCACAAGAAGCAAGAAUUGAUGUGUAAUAAAUGCGGAAAGAAAUUUAAUCGUUCUAACAACUUGAUCGCCCACGAGUUGGUUCACGUCGAGAAAGGGAAGCACGCUUGCGAUGUUUGUAAGAAAUUGUUCAAGAACAAGUUCAAUCUUAAGGUACACAAACGGAUACACGACAGUGUUAAACCGUUUGAAUGUUCGGUUUGUCAGAAGACGUUCCAAACGAAACAAGCCAGAGAUAAACAUUUAGGGACUCAUCAGGCUUGA